AUGCAUCUCCUAUCCAUCCUUCUUACCAAUUUACUCACAGCCGUCACCAUGGCCUUCACAGGCUGCUCUGCUCCCUUCAACACAACGAUCGGCCCUGCAAAUGGCCACCUCGUGAUCGUCGGCGGUAACCUCCAAUCCGACUCAGUCUGGGAGAAAAUCAUCUCUCUCGCCGGCGGACCAUCGGCGCCUAUCGUUGUCAUCCCCACUGCCGGCGGUGAGGGCACAUACAACGAUACCUACGCUCCCGUCACAACUUUUCGACGUCUUGGUGCCACGAAUGUCACGCUUUUGCAUACCUACGACCCGGCGGAAGCGGACACCGACGCCUUUAUCGCUCCUCUGCGAGAAGCGAAAGGCAUUUACUUCGGUGGCGGCCGGCAAUGGCGGCUCGUUGACGCUUAUGCUGGAACGAAGUCUGAAGCUGCUUUUCAAUCAGUCCUCGACCGAGGCGGUGUCAUCUCCGGCAGCAGUGCGGGAGCCAGUAUCCAAGGUUCCUUCCUCGCUCGCGGAGACACGGCGAACAACCAGGUCAUGAUCGGCGACCAUACUGUCGGAUUUGGGUACCUUCGCAACGCUGCCAUCGACCAGCACGUCCUUGUUCGGAAUCGACAUUUCGACAUGUUUGAUAUUCUGAAGAAGUUUCCGGAAUUACUGGGCAUUGCGAUCGAUGAAGAUACGGCGUUGAUCGUGCAGGGAAAUGAGGCGGAGGUGUUCGGCCGGACGUAUGCCUUGAUUUACGACGGGAGCUUCUACUCGGAUGAGGGAACCGAGUUGAAGACCGUGCCGCCGAAGGACGUCAGGUUUUACUUUCUGAGGAAUGGACAGAAGUAUGAUUUGGCGAAGAGGGCGGUGAUUGAAGAUCCGGCGCUGGAGGCGCAGGGAAGGGAUGAGUUGUGA